AAGAAGAGGCUAGAAUACACUCAGAUUCAUUGCCUAUAAAUACCACCAUACUUUAGUUUAUCCAUCACCGAGCAAUCAAGCAAAAUAAGCACUACAAUCUAAAAUUAAAGAAAUCCUCUGUUUUCUUCAAACAACAAAUGUCUCUGAUUCCAAGCUUCUUUGGUGGUAGGAGGAGUAACAUCUUCGACCCAUUUUCUCUCGACUUAUGGGAUCCCUUCGAGGGCUUCCCAAUUUCAACCACCAUUGCCAACACCCCAUCCUCUGUUCGUGAAAUCUCUGCUGUUGCAAAUGCAAAAAUCGAUUGGAAAGAGACCCCACAAGCUCACGUCUUCAAAGUGGAUGUUCCUGGGAUAAAGAAAGAGGAGGUUAAAGUUGAAGUAGAAGAAGGAAGGAUUUUACAGAUUAGCGGUGAGAGAAACAGAGAGAAAGAGGAGAAGAACGAUCAGUGGCACCGUAUGGAGAGGAGCAGCGGUAAGUUUAUAAGGAGAUUCAGGUUGCCGGAGAAUGCAAAAACAGGGGAAAUAAAGGCAGCGAUGGAGAAUGGAGUGCUGACUGUGACUGUUCCAAAAGAAGAAGAGAAGAAGAAAUCUGAGGUGAAGGCCAUUGACAUUUCUGGUUAAACAAGUGUUUGAUGAGAUUCCCUUUCUCAAUAAUAUCUGCUUUCUCAAGUACUUUUGGUUUUUGUUGGAGAUUAAGAUCUUAAUGUAUGUUUUAAGAUUGUGGUAGCAUUUGUAAACAGGACAAUGUCGCGAGUGUUUAAUUAAUGAAAAAUUUCUUUUUGUUGUAAACUGGAUGUCAACAUUAUUAUA